AUGAAUUCUAUAAAAUUAAACAAUGCUCCUUUCUCCUAUAAUUUCAAAAUUGAAAGGCAAUCAAUAUGUGGAAGACAGUCUUCACAUUCAACAAAACGAAAUCUAAAGGGCUAUAAUCUUGUAACAUUAUCCACAAACAAUUAUCAUAAGGAUGUGAAAUUUCUGGUGUGUGUCUAUCUAUUAAAUGAACAUGGUGAACAUGAUGAGUUAUAUCAGCAAUACUUGGAUGGUCAAAAAUUAAUUAAAUUUUUCAACUCAUAUCCUUUUACCCUGAAUUUUAAUUUUUCUAACUUGGGUAUCAGAAAAACUGGACGAUGGAAGUUGGGUUACACUUUAGUUGUAAUCAGUCCCAGGGACACAGAAAAUGCUUUAAUACAUAUCACUUCUAAUGUGAUUGAAGUUUUCUCUUCCAAAAGUUAUCAAUAUUAUUUAUGA